UUCAGUUUGUGAGACUCUCAGAGCUGAAUUUCCAGCUGAGGAUUCUGCAUCCUUGUGAAUCAGACUCAGGAAUAUAUUACUGCAUUGUCCAGGAGUGGGUGCAGAGCCCACGCAGUGAAUGGCAUCUCAAAGAAGAAACACUGUCAGCGAACAUCUCUGUCACUCUCCUGCCUGCAGCUCACACCUUCCAGUCGCGGCUCUGCUCAUCUCCAUCACUGUUAUAUUUUCUUGUGAUUUACCCCUUGCUGCUGCUCAUUCUGGUGGGCACACUCAUGUGGGUUUGUGUGAGAGUAAGAAGGAAGCGGAAAGCUAAGUCCUAUCCUUUCCAUAACCACGAAUCCAUGAAUCUGAGAUGAAGAAUGGCAUCGAGACUUGGGAUGAACUAGAGACUAGACUUCUUGUUUUAGCAACUUACAUACCAACCUCACCCAUACAAAGCCUUAUGUAAAUGCAGGCAACUAAUCCAGACAUACACAGGUUCAGCCUAAAACAACCACACACCCAUAUGUAGCCCCACAACCUCACCCACACACAGCCUUAUGCACAAGCAUGCAACCUUAUCCAGACAUACACAGGUUCAGCCAAAAACAACCACACACCCAUAUGUAGCCCCACAACCUCACCCAUACAAAGCCUUAUGCACAAGCAUGCAACCUUAUCCAGACAUACACAGGUUCAGCCAAAAACAACCACACACCCAUAUGUAGCCCCACAACCUCACCCAUACAAAGCCUUAUGUAAAUGCAGGCAACUAAUCCAGACAUACACAGGUUCAGCCAAAAACAACCACACACCCAUAUAUAGCCUCACUACCUCACCCAUACACAGCCUUAUGCACAAGCAUGCAAUCUUAUCCCAACAUACACAGGUUCAGCCAAAAACAACCACACCCAUAUAUAGCCCCACAACCUCACCCACACACAGCCCUAUGCACAUGCAUGCAAUCUUAUCCCAACAUACACAGGUUUAGCCACAAACAACCACACCCAUAUAUAGCCCCACAACCUCACCCACACACAGCCUUAUGCACAAGCAUGCAAUCUUAUCCCAACAUACACAGGUUUAGCCACAAACAACCACACACCCAUAUAUAGCCCCACAACCUCACCCACACACAGCCUUAUGCACAAGCAUGCAAUCUUAUCCCAACAUACACAGGUUUAGCCACAAACAACCACACACCCAUAUAUAGCCCCACAACCUAACCCAUACACAGCCUUAUGUAAAUGCAGGCAACUAAUCCAGACAUACACAGGUUCAGCCAAAAACAACCACACCCAUACAAAGCCUUAUGCACAAGCAUGCAAUCUUAUCCCAACAAACACAGGUUUAGCCACAAACAACCACACACCCAUAUAUAGCCCCACAACCUCACCCAUACAAAGCCUUAUGUAAAUGCAGGCAACUAAUCCAGACAUACACAGGUUCAGCCAAAAACAACCACACACCCAUAUAUAGCCUCACUACCUCACCCAUACACAGCCUUAUGCACAAGCAUGCAAUCUUAUCCCAACAUACACAGGUUCAGCCAAAAACAACCACACCCAUAUAUAGCCCCACAACCUCACCCACACACAGCCCUAUGCACAUGCAUGCAAUCUUAUCCCAACAUACACAGGUUUAGCCACAAACAACCACACCCAUAUAUAGCCCCACAACCUCACCCACACACAGCCUUAUGCACAAGCAUGCAAUCUUAUCCCAACAUACACAGGUUUAGCCACAAACAACCACACACCCAUAUAUAGCCCCACAACCUCACCCACACACAGCCUUAUGCACAAGCAUGCAAUCUUAUCCCAACAUACACAGGUUUAGCCACAAACAACCACACACCCAUAUAUAGCCCCACAACCUAACCCAUACACAGCCUUAUGUAAAUGCAGGCAACUAAUCCAGACAUACACAGGUUCAGCCAAAAACAACCACACCCAUACAAAGCCUUAUGCACAAGCAUGCAAUCUUAUCCCAACAAACACAGGUUUAGCCACAAACAACCACACACCCAUAUAUAGCCCCACAACCUCACCCAUACAAAGCCUUAUGUAAAUGCAGGCAACUAAUCCAGACAUACACAGGUUCAGCCAAAAACAACCACACACCCAUAUAUAGCCUCACUACCUCACCCAUACACAGCCUUAUGCACAAGCAUGCAAUCUUAUCCCAACAUACACAGGUUCAGCCAAAAACAACCACACCCAUAUAUAGCCCCACAACCUCACCCACACACAGCCCUAUGCACAUGCAUGCAAUCUUAUCCCAACAUACACAGGUUUAGCCACAAACAACCACACCCAUAUAUAGCCCCACAACCUCACCCACACACAGCCUUAUGCACAAGCAUGCAAUCUUAUCCCAACAUACACAGGUUUAGCCACAAACAACCACACACCCAUAUAUAGCCCCACAACCUCACCCACACACAGCCUUAUGCACAAGCAUGCAAUCUUAUCCCAACAUACACAGGUUUAGCCACAAACAACCACACACCCAUAUAUAGCCCCACAACCUAACCCACACACAGCCUUAUGCACAAGCAUGCAACCUUAUCCAGACAUACACAGGUUCAGCCAAAAACAACCACACACCCAUAUGUAGCCCCACAACCUCACCCAUACAAAGCCUUAUGUAAAUGCAGGCAACUAAUCCAGACAUACACAGGUUCAGCCAAAAACAACCACACACCCAUAUAUAGCCUCACUACCUCACCCAUACACAGCCUUAUGCACAAGCAUGCAAUCUUAUCCCAACAUACACAGGUUCAGCCAAAAACAACCACACCCAUAUAUAGCCCCACAACCUCACCCACACACAGCCCUAUGCACAUGCAUGCAAUCUUAUCCCAACAUACACAGGUUUAGCCACAAACAACCACACCCAUAUAUAGCCCCACAACCUCACCCACACACAGCCUUAUGCACAAGCAUGCAAUCUUAUCCCAACAUACACAGGUUUAGCCACAAACAACCACACACCCAUAUAUAGCCCCACAACCUAACCCAUACACAGCCUUAUGUAAAUGCAGGCAACUAAUCCAGACAUACACAGGUUCAGCCAAAAACAACCACACCCAUACAAAGCCUUAUGCACAAGCAUGCAAUCUUAUCCCAACAAACACAGGUUCAGCCACAAACAACCACACCCACAUAUAUAGCCCCACAACCUCGCCCACACACAGCCUUAUGCACAUGCAUCCAAUCUUAUCCCAACAUACACAGGUUCAGCCUAAAACAACCGCACACCCAUAUAUAGCCCCACAACCUCACCCACACACAGCCUUAUGUAAAUGCUGGCAACUAAUCCAGACAUACACAGGUUCAGCCAAAAACAACCACACAGCCUUAUGCACAAGCAUGCAACCUUAUCCAGACAUACACAGGUUCAGCCAAAAACAACCACACCCCCAAAUGCACAGCUUCAGUCACACAACCUCACCCAUGCAUAGAUAGCUUCAGCCAUAAAUAAACCUCACUCACACAUGCACAGUCUCACUCACACAUCCUGACUCACAAAUGCACAUCCUCACUCACACAUCUUCACUCACACAUGCACGCACUCACUCACACAUGCACAUCCUCACUCACACAUGCACAUCCUCACUCACUCAUGCACAGCCUCACUCACACAUCCUCCCUCACACAUCCUCCCUCACACAUGCGCACACUUACACAUCCUCACACUCACACAUGCACAGCCUCACUCACACAUCCUUACUCACACAUGCACAUCCUCACUCACACAUCCUGACUCACAAAUGCACAUCCUCACUCACACAUCUUCACUCACACAUGCACACACUCACUUACACAUCCUCACUCACACAUGCACAUCCUCACUCACUCAUGCACAGCCUCACUCACACAUCCUCCCUCACACAUCCUCCCUCACACAUGCGCACACUUACACAUCCUCACACUCACACAUGCACAUCCUCACUCACACAUCCUGACUCACACAUACACAUUCUCACUCACACACCCUCACUAAUACAGCCUCACUCACACAUGCACAUCCUCAAUCACACAUCCUUACACACACAUGCACAGCCUCACUCACACAUCCUCACUCAUACAUCCUCACUCACACAUCCUCAUACUCACACUCACUUACACAUUCUCACUCACACAUCCUCACUCACACAUGCAAAUCCUCACUCACACAUCCUGACUCACACAUGCACAUCCUCACACUCACUUACACAUCCUCACUUACACAUCCUCACUCACACAUGCACAUCCUCACACUCACUUACACAUCCUCACAUGCACAGCCUCACUCACACAUGCACAUCCUCACACUCACUUGCACAGCCUCACUCACACAUCCUCACUCACACAUGCACAGCCUCACUCACACAUCCUCACUCACACAUGCACAGCCUCACUCACACAUCCUGACUCACAUGCACAGUCUCACUCACACAUCCUCACUCAUACAUGCACAGCCUCACUCACACAUCCUCACUCACACAUGCACAGCCUCACUGACACAUGCACAUCCUCACUCACACAUCCUCACUCACACAUGCACAUCCUCACUCACACAUGCACAGCCUCACUCACACAUCCUCACUCACACAUGCACAGCCUCACUCACACAUCCUCACUCACUUACACAUCAUCACUCAUACAUCCUCACUCACACAUGCACAGCCUCACUCAGACAUCCUCACUCACACAUGCACAGCCUCACUCACUUACACAUCCUCACUCACACAUGCACAUCCUCACACUCACUUACACAUCCUCACUCACACAUGCACAGCCUCACUCACUUACACAUCCUCACUCACACAUGCACAGCCUCACUCACUCACACAUCCUCACUCACACAUGCACAGCCUCACUCACACAUCCUCACUCACUUACACAUCAUCACUCAUACAUCCUCACUCACACAUGCACAGCCUCACUCACUUACACAUCCUCACUCACACAUGCACAUCCUCACACUCACUUACACAUCCUCACUCACACAUGCACAGCCUCACUCACUUACACAUCCUCACUCACACAUGCACAUCCUCACACUCACUUACACAUCCUCACUCACACAUGCACAGCCUCACUCACUUACACAUCCUCACUCACACAUGCACAUCCUCACACUCGCUUACACAUCCUCACUCACACAUGCACAGCCUCACUCACUUACACAUCCUCACUCACACAUGCACAUCCUCACUCACACAUGCACAGCCUCACUCACUUACACAUACUCACUCACACAUGCACAACAUACAUUUUUUGGGGUAAACUGUCUCUGAGACAAAGAAUAAUGUCAGAGGAUCAGUUUGCUAUGAGCACAUAAAUGUACUUAUGUACUUUAUACCGAGAAAACUAAUAUUUUAAAACAUGUAUUAAAUAUUUAAUAAUAAUAUACUUAGAUUAUUUCUCUAA